AUGCCUCCCAGACUCAAUAUCGGGCCGGACGGAUCCCUCAACCACCGACUCGAUCGUUCACCACGACACUCCAACCAUCCGUCGCCUGCUCUGCCGAGCGCAACCACAUGCGAAUCCAACAUCUCCGAUUACAUUGGUAGCGGAACCAGUAGCCCUGGACUGAGCCCCGGGCUCGACCAGCGCCUGGCCGAAUUUGAUGCAUUGCGCAACGGCGACGACGAUUAUUUCGAACACGACUACGACGACGACGACGCCAUGAGUGACACUCACCGACGACCACCCCUCCUCCGGAACCACGACUCUCGCUCUGGUCAGCCUCUCCUUAAGCCAAAAUCCGACGACGACGAUCACCUUCACGACGAGCGCCAUGGCUAUUCUACUCGAUCGAGAGGUGGCAGCCCCUUGCUGACCCCUAACCGACCGACCUUCUCCCGCGGCUCGACGCUUCGCGCACACUCUCCUUCAACAGCCAAAGCCAACGCGCGUAAGAAGUACAUUUACGCUGCCUUCUUCCUCGUGUUGAGCUUGUUCUCCUUCGUUAUCCAGACCGAGUUGUCGGCGUAUAUUCAGCAGGAGCUCGGUUGGAAUAAGGCAUACUGCAUGCUUUACCUCACCCACGGCUCUUGGUCUAUACUCUGGCCCGUCCAGUUGUUGAUUCUGCGCAUCCAGAAGCGCAACGUUCCCUGGCCUGCCUUUUGGCGCCGCCACCGCGAGUUGCUUCACAGCACCGCCAUCAUGGUCCAGAACCAGACCCUGGACUGGGCACGACCCAACUCGCUCUCGCGCAAGUCGCCGCUGCUCUACCUUAUCAGAACUACAGCGUUUGUGACGACCGCUCUCACUAUUGCUGGCUUCAGCUGGUACGUCGCAGUCAACUUGACGACGCCUUCCGACCUGACGGCAAUCUACAACUGCUCUGCGUUUUUCGCGUACGUGUUCUCUGUGCCACUGCUGAAGGAGCCUUUGCGCCUCGACAAGUCCAUGGCUGUGCUCGUUGCUAUCGCCGGCGUUCUCAUUGUCGCAUAUGGUGACACCAGUCCCGGAGACGACGAUGCUGCGCACCAGAAGGAAGCCGGCGAGCGCCUGACUGGCAACCUGGUCAUCGGCAUCGGCUCCGUGCUCUACGGUCUGUACGAGGUCCUCUACAAGCGCUUUGCUUGCCCGCCAGACGGCGUUACUCCUGGCCGCGGAAUGAUUUUCGCCAACACUUUCGGUUCCUGCAUUGGCGCCUUCACUCUCACAGUCCUUUGGGUCCCGUUGCCUAUCCUCCACUGGACUGGCAUUGAGACCUUCUCCCUGCCCACGGGCUACACUGCUUGGAUGCUCCUCGCCAGUGUUGUCAUGAACGCCACUUUCGCAGGCAGCUUCCUGGUGUUGAUCAGCCUGACAAGCCCCGUCCUGUCCAGCGUCGCGAGCUUGCUCACCAUCUUCAUCGUAGCCAUCACGGACUGGUUCAGAACUGGAGAGCCUCUCAGUUCUGCGGCCCUCAUUGGUGGCAUCAUGAUUAUGCUCGCCUUCGGCAUGCUCAGCUGGAGUACGUGGCGUGAGAUGACGGAGAUCGAGGCAACAAAGGCUGUCGACCUCACCGAUAGUGGCGAUGAUAGCGACCGGGAUGAGCGCCAGGAUUAG